GUUAACUCCACGCUACUUUAGGAACGCGUGGGUAUUGCUUGCCACACGCAGACCUCACGCUCAUCAUACGGAGCUGAGCUGUUUCUCUUUCCUCUCUCUGCGCUUUCCUUAGGAUUAGACUUGUAAAUUCUCUUCUGUGUUCUUCACUUAUUUCAAAUCCUACACCUUUUCUCUUUAUCUUUAUAGGGAUUUCUUAUCAGAAUUGAGGAUGUGGAUGCCUAGAUGGGUGAAAAUAGGGUUGCAAUGAAGAUGUGGAAACCGAUUCCCAAUAGGAAUUUGAUUAUGGAAUUGAAAUCGCGCGAAUCCAAGACGAGUUUUUUCAUAUUCGGAUGCCGAUUCCGAUACCGAUUCCAAUCGGCAUUCGAUUCCUAUUCGGUAGCCUGUGAGGCUUGCUCUGAACACCAACAACAGAAACAGCGUCACUGUUAUUCAUUUUCGCGUCCGAUUAAUGUUAAAUUCAAAGUGCUUUAAUAGGGUUUUCUUCUUUUCUCUUUUUUUUUGGGGGGGGAUUUUUUAGUGGUGUGUGUUUCUGUUUGGCUCUAUUGUUUUUUUUUUUUUCGUUUUUGGAGUCUUUUUCUUUCGUUUAUGUGGAUAAUGGAUCUCGGUUCGCGUGAGGAUGAUGGUGAGUUUGCGGAGAAAGACCCGACAGGUCGAUACAUUCGGUAUGAUGAAAUAUUGGGGAGAGGUGCAUUCAAGACUGUACAUAAAGCAUUUGAUGAAGUUGAUGGAAUUGAAGUUGCGUGGAACCAAGUGAGUAUUGAAGAUGUGUUGCAGUCACCUGAUCAGCUAGAAAGAUUACAUUCAGAGGUUCAUCUGCUGAAGUCACUGAAACAUGAAAAUAUCAUGAAAUUCUAUCACUCUUGGGUGGAUGAUAAGAACAAGACUAUUAACAUGAUAACAGAAUUAUUCACUUCUGGGAGUUUGAGGCAAUACCGCAAGAAGCAUAAGAGUGUUGAUAUAAAGGCCAUCAAAAACUGGGCAAGACAGAUCCUUCGAGGUUUACAGUAUUUGCAUAGUCACAGUCCUCCUAUCAUUCAUCGUGAUUUGAAAUGUGACAAUGUAUUUGUUAAUGGAAACAAUGGGGAAGUUAAAAUUGGAGAUCUUGGACUAGCAAUUGUUAUGCAACAGCCUACAGCCCGAAGUGUUAUAGGCACUCCUGAAUUCAUGGCUCCAGAGCUCUAUGAAGAGGAAUACAAUGAACUUGUUGACAUAUAUUCCUUUGGCAUGUGCAUGUUAGAAAUGGUUACCUGUGAAUACCCAUAUGGCGAAUGCAAGAACCCAGCACAAAUAUAUAAGAAGGUUACCUCGGGCAUUAAGCCUGCUUCUCUUGGUAAAGUAAGUGACCCCCAGGUCAAGCAGUUCAUAGAGAAGUGUCUAGUUCCAGUAUCUAUGAGAUUGCCUGCAUCAGAACUUCUGAAAGACCCAUUCCUAGCAACGGAAAAUUCUAAGGAAAUUGUUUCUAUAUCUUUGGGGAUACCAGAUCUUGUGUCCAAAGAAGUCAAAUGGCUGCAAUCAGAAUCCCAUCCCAUGGACAUUGACAUUAUCAAGAAACUUUCGAUAGGCUCUUGUACAAAAAGCAUCAUCGAUGAGGUUCUGCCAAUCUCAAAUUUAGAAUUGCAUAGGUUCACUGAGAACAAUGAGUUCAGGUUAAGAGGGGAGAAAAAUGAUGAUAAUACAAUUUCACUGACUCUGCGCAUUGUUGAACGAUGUGGUGGAGUAAAGAAUAUCCAUUUUACUUUUUAUCUUGACACUGAUACUACAUUUUCAAUAGCUGAAGAGAUGGUUGAACAACUUGAUUUGUCAAAUGAAGAUGUGGCUAUCAUUGCCGAGUUGAUUGAUGCAUUGAUAAUGAAGCUUGUUCCCUGCUGGAGUCCUUCAUUUGGAAGCACAUCAAGUAUACCAAAUGGUUCUUCGGGCCUACAAAAUGAUGCAACUUCCAAGGCAGUUAGCGAACAUGAUUUCUUGCCUUCAGUUAAUGUGAUUGGUCAAGAGAAUUCAGAAUCAUUCAAUUCAGGCAUAUCUGCGGAAUUUCAUAUGACAAUUGCCUCUGAUGCCAGCACUAACAAGCCCUUGGGAUCUUCUGACUACUCUGUUGAGUUGAAUACAACUGAUUUUGGUUCUGAUUUUGGGAUGCAUGUUGAUAGUGUUUCUAAAUAUGACAAAUCCACAAAAAAUGCCGAGGAUAGUCUUUCUGAACUAAAGCUGGAGCUCAAUGCGAUUGAUAUGCAGUAUAAUCAAUGCUUCCAAGAACUCUUGAGGAUGAGGGAGGAAGCUAUAGAAAAUGCCAAAAAGAAAUGGACAACAAAAAGGAAUAUACGCGUCAUGUAAUGUGCUAGAUUUUCUUAGGAUUUAUUCUCCUUGGCUCUGCUGGCCGCAUUGGAAGAAGCCUGUUUUUUUGGCACCUUCUUUUUAUUUUUUUAUUUUUUUGUUGACCAGUUGAUUUAACUUUGAUCAUAGCUAUUUUCUUGUAGACAGAUAUUGGGGCACUCAAGGGUGCAACUUUGUCUAUUCAUUAAUAGUUGAUUUUAUCCAACAACUCUUUCAAAUA